AUGGGGAUUUUUCUGUUUUAUUUUGGUAUUUUGGUGUUGAUAACAAACUACUUUUCUCUCACCUUCUCCACACCACUCUUCAAUCUCGCCACCGAUCAACACGCUCUCACUGUCUUAAAAAACUCCAUUGUUUCCGACCCUAAUGCCAUCUUGCACACAAAUUGGUCAAUUCACACUCCCAUUUGUGGAUGGAUUGGUGUCUCUUGUGCCACCAAACACCAAAGGGUCACUUCCCUAAACCUCUCGAGUUUCGAGCUCCGAGGCACCAUCCCUCCACAUCUAGGAAACUUAACGUUUCUUCGAGUUUUAGACAUCAGCUCCAACAGUUUCACAGGCGUCUUGCCAUCUGAGCUGUCUAAGUUGCGACGUUUAGAAGAUAUAAAUGUCGCAGCUAACAAUUUCUCUGGAGAGAUACCAUCGUGGCUCGGAGCCUUAUCCGAGCUCAGACACAUGAAUUUGGCCAACAACGGGUUCUCAGGCAGAAUCCCUUCGUCUUUAUUCAAUAUCUCGAGAUUAAGAGAACUCAAUGCCUAUUUGAACCAACUUGAUGGGGAGAUUCCAAGAAAUAUAGGCAAAUGCAAAGAGCUUGAGGUGCUGCAAUUGAAAAGCAAUAGUUUCAAAGGUGGAAUACCAAAGCAAAUUGGCAACCUCACUUCUCUGAGAGUGCUACAUCUUCAGUUUAAUCACUUGACAGGCAUGUUUUCGAAUUGAACAAAACACCAAUGAAUUUAUUUGGUGUUUAAUUAGUUUUUAGUAAGGAGUUUUAUGUCUCGUUACAAAAUCAGCUAAAAUGAAUUAAA